CGGAUAAAAUUGCCAUCCCUACCACAGCCCAAUCCAUUUUUGAGAUAUCCUCCGUGGUAUUCUCACUUCCACAUAUUUUCAGCCCUUUUGCCUUAUCCCCUCACUAAUCUACAGGUGCUCUAUUCCAUAGCCGGCGAUGGAUGCAGAGAGAUCGAGCGAGACCUAGAGAGUGUGUGUGUGGUUUUCAGGGCAUAGGUGAGAUAAAAACUUGUCCAAAUCAAGAGUAGAGAUGUAGAGAAACUGGGAGAUAAAGAGAGUUGGAGAGAUGUAUAUCUUACCUGGAACAUCAUCCGUGAAAUCGCUGGAUAAAAGAAUUGGAGUGAAUUCCACUGGUCAAAAAAACACGCGUUGGAUCUAAUUUUAGGCAGAUCUAAACUCCCACUCCUGCGCUCUUUCUAGCUUUCUCUCUCGGCUCUCUCAUCUCUCUCAUCUCCAUGGGUGACCCUCGCAGACAUCUUGCAAUUCUCCAUGGGUGAGGGUGGCAACAUCUGUGCAUAUUACUAAAGAAGAGUCUUUGCACAUACUCCAUCAUCAAAGCAAUGGGUUUUCUACAAGGAUUUCAAGGUACAAAGGAGUUACACCGCUCAAAUGUGGAAAACGGGAGGCUAGAUUGGGUCAAUUCCUUGGGAAGAAAAGAGUCUUUGCACAUACUCCAUCAUCAAAGCAAUGGGUUUUCUACAAGGAUUUCAAGGUACAAAGGAGUUACACCGCUCAAAUGUGGAAAACGGGAGGCUAGAUUGGGUCAAUUCCUUGGGAAGAAGUUGUAAACACUAUUUGCAGAGCCUAUUUGGUGGAUUCAAGCCUCAAAAGCCGUGAUGGACUUGCCCAUGAUAUUAAAUUUUACAGCAACACAAACUCACAAAGGAUUCAACAUCGUUAGGGUAACACCAAUAACUGGCUAUGUGAAGU